AUGGCUUAUGAGGUUAUGAGAGAUGAUCAAAGAGUGCCGUCAUCAUCAGCCAUUAUCACUUUAUCAGCAAUACCCCACCCACCCCCUUCUUCCGCUCCACUUACACACACCCCCCACUCCCAGCUUCUUUCUUGCUGGAAAUUCUUAAAAUCCCAUCUCAAUUCAACAAUUCCAACCACAAUCCGCUUCAAAGUUAAACAACGAAAUGGGGCUCUCGCCAUACUCAAACCCAUCGGAUGCAGGAGUGUUGUGCGUAAUUCUGGUUAA